CAAGAAUAGUUACCUCAUCCGGUCAUGUCACACUUGUUGUUUAUAGAUUUUUCUCCCACACCAGAUGUCUGGACCCUGGACAGAUAACAGAAGAAGGAGAGAGGGACCCUAGGAGGUACGUAAAGGAGUUGAUGAAAUCCUGUUAAGACAGACAAUCAGAUGGUAUGGCCUCUGAGGACCCCCAAGACCAACUGGAUGAGGCUAUUAAAAUGGCAGAACGCCUUGCUGAGGAGCUCAACCCAGAGAAGGACCCACAAGCCCAACUGGACGAGGCAAUUAAUGAGGCAAAAAGACUGGCUGAGGAGCUCAACCCAGAACGGGAAAAUAAUAAGAAAAAGACAAACAAGCCUCCAGGGAUUAGGUUCAGAUGGAGACAAAGGGAUGAGAGAGGACAGAUUGUUUCUCAAACCAGGAAGGCAACUACAUCCACUUCUUUUGCUCCAAGGGCCAGUACAUCAAGAGCCAGACUAGUGCAACAUUUAGGGCCAGUCACUGAGGAAGAAUCAGAGACGAGUACCAGUGGAUUGGAAUCCACUCCAGUUUUAAACAUUGAUGAAGAAAUAUCAAUACUUCAUAGAGAAAUUAACAUCCUCCUAGCUGACUUAGAAGACCCUGAGUGUUCAAAUCCUGCUGUGCCUGGUGCAUCACACAGUUGGAGUGUGAGGAAGGAACUCUCACAGCAUAGGUGGAGGGAGUCCAGGCCUGAGAUUGUAGAUUCUCUGCUGGCUGCAGAGCAUGCUUCUCAGAAGAUCUGUCAGUCAUGCAAUGUGAAAAGGGCUAUUCUGCGAUGUAGAGACUGUCUGCCGAAACAGCUUUACUGCGACGACUGCGAUGUCUCUACACAUGCAAAGUUCCCCCUGCACAACAGAGAGUCCAUGAUCGAGGGGUUCUACACGCCCCUUCCUCCAACUACAGCCAUAUCCCUCCACAGUGAUGGCCAAUAUGCACUUCAUGAACAGGAUUGUUUCUUACCAUUGGAUGUACCAGAGGUGAUAUGUGGUUGCCUGACAAGCACCAUCCAUGUUGGUCCUGGGAAACAUAUCAUCCUCGUAGGAAUAAAUGGUCGCUACAAUGUCACAGUGCCUGUGCUUACCUGCACAACUUGUCUUAGCACCUGGACAGCAAACUUGGCAGAUCUGAUAAAGAAUGGGUACUGGCCUGCCACUGUCAACUGUGACACCAUAUACCAGGUAGAUCUGUUCAGCUCUUUUGAGGAGCUGAAAGUGUCAGCCCCAGGAAUGUCCCGUCUGGCGUUUAUGCGGAUUUUGGAGCAGCGAACUGACUACUUUGGCAGGAACGGAAUGAUCUGUGGGGACACUUUUCAAAAAAGCUUCUUUGAGUGGACGUACUGCCGCUCUGAAAUUGAUCAGGUCUGUGAUAUACAGUACUUUGACUGCCCAGCCUGUUCACCCAGCAUGCUUGCAGUGUCAGUGGACGGGAACAAGAAGCUGUAUCGAUUCAAAAAAGGGACUGAUGACAAAGGAUUCUUUGAUGGCGUAUUUAUCUGCAAGGAUGAGGAUGUGUCUGACUUUGUCAACUAUGUCCAUACAAAGACUAAACAUGGUUAUGGAAAAGGGGUGGAGCAUCCCAGUGGACAGCAGCUAAAGAGUCGUCAAGGAAAACAAAACAACAAACUUGAUGAAGAGGGACUGGAAGUUGCCGUCUGCCGCCACGGAAUACUUCUAAGGAGCCUCAACAUGAUGCGUGGAGAGAUAUUUGCGUACCCACUGUUCUUGCAGAAGGAAUUGUCUGGCAGCAGGAACAUACAAUUCAUGUGUACGGAUGUGAUCUGCAAAUUUUGGCCAUACCUGACCAAAGUUGCUCUUCAUUGUCCAGAGCUCGCCACUCUUCUAGACAUGAAGCCACUUCUUUCCGUCAUGCAUGCAAAGGCACAUCGUUUGAAAUGCGAGAUUAAGUGGGGAGGACGGAAUCAGGAAGGAGCUGGCACAACUCUGGGGGAGGAAGUGGAACAAGGGAACAGCUUCUUGUCGAGGGCUGCAAUCUGUUCCAAGCAAAUGUCCAAAGGAGCAAGAACAGAUAUGCUAACCAUCCAGGCCAUGGGGUGGAACAGAAGGAAGAAAAACAACCUGCACAGAGUAUUGUCCAGAAGAUACUUGAAGACAACAGCAAAAAUCUUGGAGGAGACCCAGACUCUCGAAAAGGUUAAGAGUGAUUUGGGUGUAGGUGAUGAGACUCUGUACAACUGGACAACGGAAGUUCAGCAAUGGGCUAAUACAGAGGAAACAAAUAUGAACAUGGAUGGUCCUCAGGUACUACAGAGAACAAUUGAAGUCCUGUUUCUUAGCAUCAAACAAAGGAAACGGAACCUCUACCGUCAGACAGAUGGAUGCAAGAAAAGACACCCUCUGCGCAGAAAGAUAUUGGAAGAAAAGGCCAAAUUGACAGCUGCCAUAGAGGAGUACAACACCCUUGUACCAGGUUCAGCAAUACCAUCUGCAGAUGAGAUCCUUUCCGCAGACCUUCAUGCAUGGCCUUGGGAGCUGCAUGGACAAACUGACCUACUGACAAAGAAAAUAGCCUUUGACCGGGUGAUGCUCCUGAGACGGCUGAAGGAGGAAGAGUUAAUUGUCCUAAAGGAAGUCAAGCAGCACUGGGAAAGCCUAAAGAGGGAAUCACAGAAUGUGCAAGACCUUGCUUCACAUGUGGCACUUGACCUAAGCAGGCAAAGCUGCCAAUUGAAUCAGUCGGAAGCUGGGAGCAGAGGUCUCUUCUCCAUGCUUCAGAGGAGAGUCAGCAGCCUCAGAAGACACCAGGACUCUGUCAAACUGAUAUACAGCAAAGCUAUGGGCCAAGACACCUCCCUCCUAGAAGAUAACUUCAUAGAUUACCUCCUGGAAGAGGACCUAGAUGACAUCUAUGACAGCGUCCACUACAGCUCUGAUGACGAGGAAUCUAUCACAGACUGAAGGUGUUCAUUUGGGUGGGUGCAGUUUGCACUGGGUGAAAAGUGAUUCCAUUUGUUUUGCAUAUGUGCUUUUUCUGCCUUCCUAAGGAAAAAUAGUUUGAAGAUUUUAUGGAAAAUAAACUUUUAUGUUUCUUCCUUGUUGACAAUGUGAUCAUGUGGCACAGAUUUGAGAAGGGCGCUAUUACUGCUUUUGCCCGGUUACAUGACCAGGUCCGAUGCACCCCUUUAAAUGGCCAAUCUGCAGUUGCUACAUCCACUUUUGGAUGCUUGAAGAAUAUCAUUUAUAAAUGCCUCAUGAAUAUAGUUCCCCUGCCGUACCCCAUCAGAUCCCAAAAUAUAUAUAUUUUUUCUACUCGAAUGUUUGUAAACAUACACUAGCAUGUGUCAAACUCAUUCCACGGGUAGGCCGAGUGUCUGUGUUUUUGCUCCUCCCAUAAUUGAUUAAUUGAGGUCACUAAUUAGUAAGGAACUCCCCUCACCAGGUUGUCUAGGUCUUAAUUGAAAGGAAAAAACAAAAACCAGCAUACACUAGGCUUUCCAUGGAAUGAGAUUAACACCACUGGACUAUAGCCUCAACAUG